AUGGCAUGGCAGCUCCAGGAGCAGGAAGAGGCUCAGCGUCUGCGUAUUUUACGACAGCAACAGCAAGAAAAAGAAGAGAGAUAUCAGCAGUUGCAUGUGGGUGUACGUCAGUAUGGAUCUCCUCGCUGGAAAGACGUGCGGACGGACGCCAGCUUCGUGGAGCGCAGUCGACGUCGUAAACCGGGCGCCAUGAAAGCUCAAGAGCGAUAUCUGCGACGUGAUGCGCACUGUGGCGUGGAUUCUUGUGCUACAUGUCGCUGUGCACGUGCACUGCUUCCUGCUCAGGUGUUACCGAGGGUGGACAAGGGAGAAUACGUGGUACCUGAUGCUUUUAGUCUGCUACAGUGUAUGGAGCUUCUGGAGGAAGAAACGCUCUUUUGCCGAGCAGCACCACGUCUUUUGGUACUGGAGAGUGUGUUGCAUGCUGCUUUGAGACAAGCACCAAGUCGUGAUACUGGAAGACUGAGGAAAUUUUUCCGAGGUGAAGACCAACGGACGGACGGAGGUGUAAAGCUGUACCUUUUCCCAGAUCAACACCAUUUCGACACUUUUGUUGAGCCAACGGCUUUGGGAAAGCUGCAGGCGAUGAGAGAUGAUUUUGCGCUGCUGAAGACGAUGGAGUGGUAUGUGAUUCAGAAACAUCUCCCAUCGAAUGCACAGGUGGUGUUCAUGACGAGAGAUGUGAAUGCUCCAGUGAGUCUACAACUUGUUGCUUCGGUAAAUGCCCAAGCAGUUACGUGUGAAAAGUUUCUAGCUGAGCGAUUGCCAAAAGGUUCAGCGAAUACGGCAUUCUUGAUAGAAUUGGCUGCAAAUACAUCCGAAGCGCUGCGGCGUGAAGAGAUGCAGCGAUCGCCGGACGAGAACGGCAAUGUGGUCAGCGUACAAGCCGAGUUUGCACCUCAUUUGAAACGUGCCCAGCUAAAUGAGUUGAUGGCUCAAUCCUUUUCUCGAAUAUUGACGGGGAAGCUUGAAGUGAGUACUCAUAAUCCAGCAGAAGCAUAUGUCCUGGUUGAAGGUCCGCAUGCGAUUGAAAAAGUUUUCGUGUUUGGACGAGCUGCGAUGAAUCGUGGCGUGCAUGGAGAUCGUGUGGCGGUAGAAAUUCUUCCUAAGGUACAUUGGCGCGCUCCACAGAGUGACCGGUUGCUGGUGCAUUAUGCGCCAGACGAAAAUAAACACGAGCAUGAAUCCGAGAGUGUUGAAUCGGAUUAUGCUGAAGAAAAGGAUGGAGCGAUUCCAACGGGCCAAGUAGUGGGAAUUCUGAGCCGCUCAUCCAAGUAUCAUGUGGCAACUAUCAUUGCUUCAACUGUCAAUGCAGGAGACGACUACGCGUUGGCUGUGCCGAUGGACCAGCGACUCCCUAAAGUCCGGUUGCGCUCACAACGACUGGAUGCACUGCUAGACAAACGCCUCAAGAUUGUGAUUGACAGCUGGGCUCCUGACAGUUCAUAUCCGAACGGACACUACGUUGGAAUCCUCGGUGCUUCCGGAAGUUUGCAGACCGAGCUAAGCGCACUGCUAGUGGAUAACGAAGUGGAAGAGGCACCUUUUAGUGAAGCAGCAUUAGCAUGUCUCCCUUCAAGUGAUGAGUGCCCAAUUGACAUUGAAGGUGGUUGCGUGGCAGAGUGUUCGACAGCAAAACGACCGGCUCGUUGCGGGCUGUUAAAUUGGAAAGUUUCUGAUGAGGAGGCUCUGCGACGUCGGGAUCUGCGUAAAACACACCGCGUGUUCAGCGUAGAUCCGCACGGGUGUCAGGAUAUCGAUGAUGCAAUGUCUAUCCAGCGCUUACCUAACGGCAAUGUCGAGCUUGGUGUGCAUAUCGCGGACGUUUCCUACUUCGUAAAGCACGGCUCGGCAUUGGACCUAGAGGGCAGACGCCGUAGUACGACAGUGUAUUUGGUGGGACAGCGGCUAGAUAUGCUUCCUUCCGUGCUAAGCGCAGACCUGUGCUCGCUUCACGAGAACCGAGACCGUUUUGCAGUAAGCGUUAUAUGGGAGCUAGAUGGUGAGACUUACAAUAUUGUGGAGAAUUCAACGUGGUUUGGGCGCACUAUCAUCCGCAAUUGCUCAUCAAUGACAUACGAGCAAGCCCACCGCUUGCUUCAGGGUGUUAAUGCUGAUGCCGACAAUCCACCGCGAUGUAGUUCAUCGAGGGCACAACCUCCGUCAGUUAAGCAGGUGGAUGGUGUAGCAGGGGGUCGUAUACCGUUAAAACUCCAAGAGAAUCUUCGGGAAGAUCUUCGCACUCUCACAAAUAUUGGCCGUCGUCUUGGUCGUACGCGUGGAUCGCAAGGCGGACUCGAUUUAUCAAAACAAGAGGAGGUGAAAUUCUCCUUAAACGUAUCGGAGCUGGGUCAAGAAGACGUGGAGAUUACGGUCAAGGAGAGUUUGGAGAUUCACGGUACAAUUGCCGAAUUGAUGAUCUUUGCAAAUUCGACUGUAGCUCGUAAGCUUGUGGAGCGCUUUCCGACUCACGCACUGUUACGUAGACAUCCACCGCCGUCUGGAGACCGGUUCACACAGCUUGUUCGACUUGCUAAAGCACGCGACGUAGUCAUUGAUGCUACAAACAAUUUUACUCUGCAGCAGUCACUCGCAGCAGCGGAACGGUCGGGACGCAUGGACACCAAGACAAUGUCACUAUUGAAGUCUCUUGCAGUGCGUGUGAUGACUGAGGCUGAAUAUGUGAGUUCUGGGGAAACAGCAGCUGGAGAUGCCGCAACGGCGAACGGUGACAUCACACGGUUUGCACACUAUGGUCUUGGAUUGCAAUACUAUACGCAUUUUACGUCGCCAAUCCGCCGUUAUGCCGACAUCAUCGUGCAUCGUCAGCUUUUAGCGUCAAUUGAAGCUCCCCACCCUCUUCGUUGCAAAACAUUUCAGCGGCCUGGUACCAAUAACUCAGCCCCGUUGGUGCUACCUCAUACCCUCACGCCCUCCGUGUUGGAAAAUGAAGAAGAUGAGGACUUCCUCGAUGAUCUCGUUUCGUCGAUCGACAACCAACUCCAAGUUACUAACGUUACGUCAGCUCGAACUGAAGCAGCUGGAAUUGCAAGUGACGACGCUGUCAUAGAUGGAGAUGACCUUUUUCCGCCGGAAGAGUUGGUGCCACUAGCACGUCACCUUAACAAGAAAAACCGACAGGCCAAACUUGCAGCGCAUGCCUGCGACGCGCUGUUCCUGGCCCUUUACUUCAGCAGUCACACAGCGAAAGUGCCGGCGAUUAUUACGGCUCUCAAGCAGAACGGAAUGAUCGUGUACGUUCCAAGGUAUGAUUUCCGCGCACCGGUGUAUCUGCGCGAUAAGAGUGGUGUCGUGCAAAUGGACCCCCUGAUGCUUGGCGUACGCAUUGUGGACACAGAACCGGCUACUGGGGCAUUUGCAGGAGUUGAAUGCAUUCGGAAAAUUUCUCAGGCGCGUCUUGUAUGGGAUGACACCGAACGCGGCGCCCUUGAAGUUGUAGCUUCUGGUGAUAAACACUGUGUAUUUCAUACUCUGGACGAGGUGGUAGUUCAGGUGUCAUGCGACCUCGCAGCUUCUGGAGCUCGAGUGCCGCAGCUCCAGUUACUUCUUGUUGGACGGGCAAAUGCUACGCAGAAAAAACACGUUGCGUCAUCGCUGUCAGAGCUGCAACGCGUAGUUCAAACCAAGAGCGAGGCUAAUUGCGUCACGAACUCUACGGUGAAAGUUACAGUGCUGGAGUCGAAAAACACAUCGGCUGAAGAGGUCCCGACAUUGAAUCUGUACCAGCUCCUGUUAGAUGCUCCAAACUUUUCUCCACCUACCAAGAGUUUUGCCCGUCGCAAGCCGCUAUCAGAAGAUGAGGACGGCAAAAAGAGAAAGCCCGGUUUCGAACGUCGAGGACCUGGGCGUCUGGUCUUCGGCAAAUUUUCAACCAACUCGCGUCGCCAUUAUCAACACAAGCUUGCACAGUACAUGGACGAGCGAACGGAGGCGCGUGAAGAAGAGCUUAACAUACAGCGCUCAGCUAGUGGUUCUUCUGCAAUGACCUCGGCGCAAGAAGCUCGGCGUGCUGAACGCGAAGCACUCGUCCGCACACAAAAAUUAGCUGCUGAGAAGCGACAUGACCGAAUCAACAGGCGCAACAAGACCAGUAAGUAA